AUGAUUUCCCUGAUUGCAGUGAUUCUCUGGUCCAUCUUCCCUCUUCUAGCCUCCUCGGAUGACAACUUGGAGCUGCUGAGCAGUAGCCUUCGACAGCUGCAGCGGUCUGGCUGCCACGAGCUGGGCCUCUCCUGCCCCCAGGGAACCUCGAUCGCCCUCGUCUCGGCCAAGUACAGCAAGGAUGUCUUCUGUCCAGGGGUAGAGUACAACAGGAACUGUCUUCUACAUAAGUCUCUACAAUACUCACUGUUACAGACUGCUGUGGAGAGAUGUCAAAAGAAGAGGCACUGCAAAAUGAUGUCUUCCUCCAACAACUACGGAAUAGAUCCCUGUCCAGGGGUGCCUAAGCACCUCCAGAUCACGUACAGCUGCAGGCCUUAUGAGUUCCGAAGCAAGACAGCCUGCGAGAACGAGAUGGUGCAGUUGCAAUGCGGCCCCAAUUCUAGGCUGGCUAUCUACUCGGCCUCCUACGGCAGGACUCAGUACGAGAGCUUACAGUGUCCUCAGCCUCAAGGCGUACCUGAAGAGACCUGUCUGGCAAGUUACGCUACUGAGACGGUUAUUAAUAUGUGCCAUGGGAGGAGAAGAUGUACCCUGUCCGUAGACUCAAGCACGUUUGGCAAUCCUUGCAAGAAGGAGUCCAGGAUGUACCUUAAGGUCGUCUUCACUUGUGUGCCCAGGAAAGUCUUACUCCCCAAGUACGAGCAAGGACAGGAAGAAGACGAGGCCCAGGAACCUGCGGACGAAUGGGUGGACUACGAUGAAGAGGAGUUGGCAGCACCCAAUACCAUUGGACAACACAACAUUAGCAGUGCAGCAAAUGAGUCUGUCACGCUACAUCACAACAGAGGAGGAUACAUUCCUACUUCCGAACCAGAUGAAGAGGACAUUUCCGCAGGUAAAGUGCGCAGGGAGGACAGACAUCUGAGGCUUGAGAGCGAUGAAACCAUCAAUUGCACGCUGACCGUUGUAACAGAAGAAGUGGGCAUGAGAGUUAUCGGCUUCAUAUCUGAGUGGAUGUUGGUCUUCAACUUCUUGACAAAUAACAAGGAACGAUUGAGCCUCUACCUGGCAGUGUCCAUCGGUGGCGGCUUGGUCUGCAUCCUUAGCCUCCUUGCCAUCAGGCUGGCCUGGAGCAGUCGGAAGAGAUCCCGUUCCCAGCAGCCCGUUCCUCCUUACGUCGGAGAGCUAUACGACGGAGAGACCGAUCUGGGUAUAGCAACUGCACUACCUAUCGAUCCAGGAGAUGUGGUCCGGUACUCCGCGAUGGACAUGCCACGCAGCCUGGCAGCAGCCAACACGCAGUACUACUACGGCUGA